AUGCUUCUUCUACCUCUUCUAUUGCUAGUGGUUAUCCUCCCAGGUGGUGACAAUAAGGACAUGUUCCAGUGGCCCACCUCCUACCAUAUCAUCCCUAUUUGGACCUUUGCCAACAGCUCCUGGGCUCAAAACCAAGGCUCAGGCUGGUUGGAUGAUUUGCAAAUUCAAGGCUGGGACUCUGACUUGGGCACUACCAUUUUCCUGAAGUCCUGGUCCAAGGGGAACUUUAGUGAUGAGGAGAUGACUGAGCUGCAGGACCCAUUCGGAGUCUACUUCAUUGGAUUCACUCGGGUUGUGCAGGACCAUGUCAGCGAGUUCCAGGUGGAAUACCCCUUUGUGAUCCAGGUCAUAGCAGGCUGUGAGCUGCAUUCUGGGGAGGCCAUAGGAAGCUCUUUGAGAGGAGCUUUAGGAGGACUGGAUUUUGUGAGGAUCCAGAAUGAUUCCUGUGUACCUGCACCAAACAGCGGCAGCAGGGGGCAGAAGUUUUGUGCACUCAUGACUCAGUAUCAAGGCACCUCCAAUAUCAUUGAGAGGCUCCUCUCAGAAACCUGUCCUCGAUAUCUCCUGGGUGUCCUCGAUGCAGGGAAGGCAGAACUGCAGAAGCAAGUGAAGCCUGAAGCCUGGCUGUCCAGUAACACCACUCCUGGGCCUGGCCACCUACUGCUGGUGUGCCACGUCUCAGGAUUCUACCCAAAACCUGUGUGGGUGAUGUGGAUGAGAGGCGAGCAGGAGCAGCCUGGAACUCAGCAGGGAGACAUCAUGCCCAAUGCUGACUGGACUUGGUAUCUCCGAGUAACCCUGGAUGUGGCAGCUGGGGAGGCUGCUGGCCUGAGUUGCCGACUGAAGUACAGCAGUCUAGGAGAGCAGGACAUCAUCCUGUACUGGGGACACCCCGCAUCCAUUAGCUUGAUACUUGUGGCAAUAAUAGUGCCCUCCUUGAUCCUUUCUAUAUGCCUUGCAUUAUGGUUUUGGAGAUGCUGGUGAGUUUUCAUUUUUUAAUCUUUUAAUUUCUGUCCAUUGUUUUA